GUGUGUCUCCUUGAUUGUGUAAUUAAAUAAUAAUAAUAAUAAUAAAAAAAAUGCGAAAUCCUUAAGUCUGAUUUGGAAAGCUGAAACGGUGCAGAGGGUGUAACCGGUGCAAGUUUGAGUGAGCGGAAGAGAGGGAGUGAGAGAGAGGAGAGCUGGAGUGUGCAGGACAUGCUUAUUGGGAGCGAUAGCUAAUACAUCCCAUCAUCAUCAUCAUCAUCGAUAGAACAGAGAGCGAGCUCGGGCUGCCUCCAUCGGAUCGGGCGCACACUGCUCUGCUAUGGCAGGGGGGCACUAGCGGGACCUCCAUCGGACUUCAUCUGCCGUCUACUCCUAUUCAGCGGACAAUGAAUAGGUGAAAUCUCUCCCCUUGGAUACUGUACUGGGGAGCCGAGCAAAGCCAAGCCAUGAUGUAUUCUCCUAUCUGCCUGACUCAGGAUGAGUUCCAUCCAUUCAUUGAGGCUCUUCUUCCACAUGUCCGUGCAAUCGCCUAUACAUGGUUCAACCUCCAAGCCCGUAAGCGCAAGUACUUCAAAAAACACGAAAAGCGAAUGUCGAAAGAUGAAGAGAGGGCAGUCAAGGAUGAGCUUUUGAGCGAGAAGCCAGAAAUCAAGCAGAAAUGGGCGUCCAGGCUGCUAGCCAAGCUACGCAAAGACAUCCGCCAGGAGUACCGGGAGGAUUUUGUGCUCGCCGUGACUGGGAAGAAGCACCCCUGCUGUGUACUAUCAAACCCAGACCAGAAAGGCAAGAUCCGGAGGAUCGAUUGCCUGCGACAGGCCGACAAAGUCUGGCGUCUGGAUCUGGUAAUGGUCAUCCUUUUUAAAGGCAUCCCUCUGGAAAGUACGGACGGCGAAAGGCUCGUCAAAUCACCGCACUGCACCAACCCAGCACUUUGCGUCCAGCCACAUCAUAUAACUGUAUCGGUCAAGGAGCUUGAUUUGUUCUUGGCGUACUAUGUACAGGAAUCAGAUCCUGGACAAUCAGGAAGCCCAAGCCACAAUGAUCCUGCCAAGAAUCCACCAGGAUACCUUGAAGACAGUUUUGUAAAGUCUGGAGUUUUCAAUGUUUCAGAGCUAGUGCGGGUGUCUAGAACACCCAUAACACAAGGCUCUGGAGUCAGUUUUCCAAUUGGAGAGCCACUAAGCCAGCCCUACUAUCAUGAAAUGAACCCAGCUGUCAGCUUACAGAGGUCACUGUCCUCUCCACCUAGCAGUAAAAGACCCAAAACAAUUUCUAUAGAUGAAAACAUGGAGCCAAGCCCAACUGGGGAAUUCUACCCGUCUCCAAAUUCACCAGCAGCAGGAAGUCGGUCAUGGCAUGAUAGAGAUCAAGAGUUCACAGGCCAGUCAUCCAGAAGCAAGCAGUGGAAAAUGGAAGAUCCAGGGGCUUCUGACUGUGACUGGCUGAAGAUCAAAAUGGAAGAUAUGUCCUCCCCAACUAUGAAGAAGCCUGAAAAGCCAUUGUUUAGCCCAACAUCACCACAGGAUUCUUCAUCAAGACUGAGCAGUUUUCCCCAGCAUCAUCAUCCGGGGAUUCCAGGAGUAGGACAUAGUGUCAUCUCAACCAGGACUUCACCCUCCCCUCUGCCAUUUGCAACGCAAGCUAUACUUCCUCCGGCCCCAAGUUCCUACUUUUCUCAUCCAACAAUCCGAUAUCCUCCACACCUGAAUCCUCAGGAUGCCCUGAAGAACUAUGUUCCUUCUUAUGACCCGUCCAGUCCACAAACAAGCCAGCCCAACAGCAGCGGGCAAGGCGUUGGGAAGGUGCCUGGCCACUUCACUCAAGUGUUGGCCCCAUCGCCCCAUCAUGGUGCAGUUAGACCUGUGACACUAACCAUGACUGACACAAAACCUAUCACUACAUCCACUGAAGCCUACACAGCCUCUGGCACAUCACAAGCCAAUCGAUAUGUGGGACUAAGCCCAAGAGAUCCAGCCUUCCUACACCAGCAACAGCUGAGGAUUUGUGACUGGACCAUGAAUCAAAACGGCAGGCAUUUAUACCCCAGUGCCAGUGAGGAUACAUUGGGAAUAACUUGGCAAAGUCCUGGUACCUGGGCUAGCUUGGUUCCUUUCCAAGUAUCCAAUAGGACAUCAAUCCUACCAAGCAAUGUCCAAAAUUAUGGACUAAAUAUCAUUGGAGAACCCUUUCUUCAAGCAGAGACAAGCAACUGAAAAAUAAAGAAAAUUUGAAUGAGCAGAGAGAAGGAAGAAAGGACAUGAAGAAAACAUGAAAGACAAGUUAAACUGACCAGCAUUUGCAGCACUUACAAUCACUGAUUCCUUUAACCUUUUUAGUACUUGCAGGACCUGCAAAGCAUUGGCUAUCAGGCCUCCAGAGCACAUGAGAGGUUAAGGCCGAAGCAGUCGUGACACUGAAAGGGUGGCUAAUAAAUUUCACAGAUGGGUAGAAUGCAACUCCUGCUAAACUAGCAUUUGUUAUCUAAUGUCCGCUGGGAAAUAAGCGCUCUUUCUCCACGACAAUAUAUUUUGUAUGACUUUUCUAGAUGCCUUAAUAAUUGCAUGAUAAGCUAGUCCUGUUUGGUUUUAGUCUUCUUGUUGUUUACGCAUGGGAACACUACUCCCAUUUCUUCUCACAAAAGAAAGGCUGUGAGGCAGCGCAGAGCUGCAAGAAAAGAAGCCACCCCUACCAUGGAUCUCCUUACAUAUAACAGUUGUCAUGUUUAAUAGCAUGUGGAAAGAAAGCAUUAAAUGAUCUUCAGUCACUACUACUAGAAAGAGAUGCAACUACAGUAAUCCACAGUACACACCUAGCAUGUUUUCGCCUGCUGCCUAAUCUGAAAUGUCAGCAGAUUUGUGUCCCUCAGAUUCUUGUAAAAAUUGGUGACCCUUUUGUUUUUACAGAGAUGCCAGUGCAAGAAUUAAACAGGACUUAAUUCCCACAAAAGAUUAGUGUACAGGCAAGUGCUAUUACAUAAUUAUUUAAAGUGGCAUAAUUAUAGUUAGUCCUUUAGUCCUCUGACUCUAAACGGUAGGGCUUGAAAAGCUACAGCCUGCCUAGUACCAGACAAAGCCUAUGAUUUUUCCAUGUGGUCAUCUGGUGCUAACGGGUAAAAAUAAAUAUGAAAUAUUUUAUUCCCUCAAUGUAUGAGGGCUAAGUAAAGUAAAAUAAAGAGCAGCAAAUC